GAAGAUGUCUCUGCCAACUACGACCCUUGGAUUCUGGGGCGUAGGGCCUGGACGAUGGCCAAAAGAUGACAACACCUGAGCCUGUGAAAAUCCCCCAGAUGUAUUUCUACAUCCCGUGCUAUCCAUGUACUGAUAUGGUAUACCUACAUGACUUGCUGAUUCUUUGGGUAGAUGUAUGUAAACAUUCCAUGGAUAAUCUGGGUAUUGUUGACAGGGUUGAUUUCUCCUGUGAUAAUUGCGGUGGUCAAGAUGGUUCUCCCUUGAUAGUCAAUCCCAUGGAGGUUUCAGAGGAAAUUUAGCAGAAUGAUCUUACCGAAAUGAAGUCCUAUGUGUUUGACCCCCGUAUCUUUGGGUAUCCAAAGUGUAUAAAGGCGAUUUCUUCCGAAAUCAAUGAUUUUUUUCUUAGCAGGGCUGAGGUGACUGAGCCAUUACAACAGGACUGGCUCGUGAAUGUGGAGUUUGAUCACUUCCUGUUGACCCAAAAGCUACGUCGGAGCAUCGCCAGCUAUAUGUUGCUGCUACAGCAGGGGCAUCCAGAGCAGAGGCAAGCAGCUAAAGGGCCUUUGAUGCUGAUGUUUGGUAAUGCGUUCCUUUUCAACCGCAUGAUGGUAAGUGAGAUGAAACGUCAAUGGCCGCGGCUGGGCGAAACUGCGCCGUCAGGUCAUGAGGCCAGCGGCUGCCCAACCUUUAUGCAGGAUCGCUUUGAAUGGCCAUUGGCAUGUUCCCAGGACAUUGCAUACCCAAACCUGGUCGCUGUCAUGAAUCCGCAAGUGCCUGCCUAUGGGUCUUCAGGUUGUGGGCAGAAACCAGAGGACUUUCCACUCACUUGCUUCGAACUCGAAAGGCAGCCAGUGCAAGAACUGGGGCUUGAUCAGUUGGGCCUGGUGCGCACCUUGGCUGAGUCCUUCUCCAACCGCUCCGGCUCCUCUUGGUCGGCAGUGCUGCGAACUGCGCAGGAUGUUCCUCUUUUUCACCAUCUCAGUGAUCCAAACGCCAGGAAGCUAGCGCGUGAAUUGCUUGAGUGAGCG